CGAACACAUAGACGAAGAAGAAGAAGAAGAAGAAGAAGAAGAAGAAGAAGAAGAAGAAGAAGAAGAAGACGAAGAAGAAAACGACGAAGACGAAGACGAUGAUGAAGACGAAGACGACGACGACGAAGAAGAAGAAGACGACGACGACGAAGAAGAAGAAGAAGAAGAUGAAGAAGAAGAAGAAGAAGAAGAAGAAGAAGACGAAGAAGACGACGACAACGAAGAAGAAGAAGAAGAAGAAGAAGAAGAAGAAGAAGAAGAAGAAGAAGAAGACGAAGAGGAAGAAGACGAAGAAGAAGAAGAAGGAGAAGAAGAACCAGGCGAAGAAGGCGAAGAAGGCGAAGAAGAAGGAGGCGAAGAAGGCGAAGAAGAAGAAGGAGAAGAAGAAGAAGGCGAAGAAGAAGAAGGUGAAGAAGAAGAAGAAGGCGAAGAAGAAGGCGGCAAAGAAGAAGAAGGCUAAGAAGAAGGCGAAGGCUAAGAAGAAGGCAAAGAAGAAGGCGAAGAAGAAGGCGAAGAAGAAAAAGACGGCGAAGGUGAGGAAGAAGGCGAAGGCGAAGAAGAAGGCGAAGGCGAAGAAGAAGGCGAAGGCGAAGAAGAAGAAGAAGAAGAAGAAGAAGAAGAAGAAGAAGAAGAAGAAGAAAAAGAAGACAACGACGACGACAACGAAGACGAAGACGAAGAAGACGAAGACCAAGACGAAGACGACGACGACGACGACGAUGACGAAGAAGAAAAAAACGAAGACGAGGACGAAGACGAAGACGAAGACAAAGACGAAGACGAAGGCGAAGACGACGACGAUGACGACGAAGACGACGACGACGACGACGACGACGAAGAAGAAGAAGAAGAAGAAGAAGAAGAAGAAGAAGACGAAGACGACGACGAAGAAGAAGAGCACGAAGACGAAGAAGACGAAGACGACGAAGACGAAGACGACGAAGAAGACGAAGAAGAUGAAGAAGACGAAGAAGACGAAGAAGAAGAAGAAGAAGAAGACGGUGACGACGAUGAAGAAGAAAACGGCGACGAAGAAGAAGAAGAAGAAGAAGAAGAAGAAGAAGAAGAAGACAACGACGACGAUGACGAAGAAGAAAAAGAAGAAGAAGAAGAAGAAGAAGAAGACGAAGACGCUGACGCCGAUGACGAAGAAGAAGAAGACGAAGAAGAAGAAGAAGAAGAAGAAGAAGAAGAAGACAAUGACGACGACGAAGAAGAAGAAGAAAAAGAAGAAGAAGAAGAAGAAGAAGAAGAAGAAGAAGAAGACGAAGAAGAAGAAGACGAAGAUGAAGACGAAGACGAAGACGAAGACGAAGACGAAUAACACGAUGACGACGACGACGACGACGAAGAAGAAGAAGAAGAAGAAGAAGAAGAAGAAGAAGAAGACGAAGACGAAGACGAAGACGAAGAAGAAGAAGAAGAAGAAGAAGAAGAAGACGACGAAGAAGACGACGAAGAAGACGACGAAGAAGACGACGAAGAAGGCGAGCAAGGCAAAGAAGGCAAAUAAGAAGAAGGCGAAAAAGAAAAAGGCGACGACGACCACGAAGACGACGACGAAGAAGAAGACGACGAGGAAGACGACGAAGGAGAAGAAGAAGAAGGAGAAAAAGGCGAAGAAGGCGAAGAAGGCGAAGAAGAAGAAGGCGAAGACGGCGAAGAAGGCGAAGAAGAAAAAGAGGAAGAAGAAGAAGGCGAAAAAGAAGAAGAAGAAGGCGAAGAAGAAGAAGAAGGCAAAGAAGAAGAAGAAGGUGAAGAAGAAGAAGAAGGCAAAGAAAAAGGCGAAGAAGAAGACGAAGGCGAAGAAGAAGAAGGCGAAGAAGAAGAAGAAGAAGAAGAAGAAGAAGAAGAAGAAGAAGAAGAAGACGAUGACGAAGAAGACGAAGAUGAAGACAAAGACGAAGACGAAGACGGCGAAAAAGGCGAAGAAGAAGACGAAGAAGAAGAAGAAGAAGGCGAAGAAGAAGAAGGCGAAGAAGAAGAAGGCGAAGAAGAAGAAGGCGAAUAAGAAGAAGACAAAGGCGAAGAAGAAGAAGAAGAAGAAGAAGAAGAAGAAGAAGAGGAAGAAGAAGAAGAAGAAGACGAUGACGAAGAAGACGAAGACGAAGACAAAGACGAAGACGAAGACGGCGACGACGACGACGAAGACGAAGACAAAGAAGAAGAAGAGGAAGAAGAAGAAGAAGACGAAGACAAGGAAGAAGAAGAAGAGGACGACGACGAAGACGAAGACGACAAAGGCGAAGACGACGAAGACGACGACGAAGAAGAAGGCGAAGAAGAAGGCGAAGAAGAAGAAGAAGAAGAAGAAGAAGAAGAAGAACUGCGACGACGAAAAAGAAGAAGACGAAGAAGAAGAAGACGAAGAAGAAGGAGAAGAAGAAGACGACGACGAAGACGAAGAAGACGACGAAGAAGAAGACUGCGAAGAAAAAGACGGCGAAGAAGGCGAAGACGGCGUAAGAGGCGAAGACGGCGAAGGCGAAGAAGGCGAAGAAGGUGAAGAAAAAGAAGAAGGCGAAGGCGAAGGCGAAGAACAAGAAGAAGAAGGCGAAGGCGAUGAAGAAGAAGAAGAAGAAGAAGAAGAAGAAGAAGAAGAAGAAGACAACGACGACGACGAAGAAGAAGAAGGAGAAGAAGAAGACGACGACGACGAAGAAGAAGACGACGAAGAAGAAGACGGCGAAGAAGAAGACGGCGAAGAAAAAGACGGCGAAGAAGGCGAAGACGGCGUAGAAGGCGAAGACGGCGAAGGCGAAGAAGGCGAAGAAGGUGAAGAAGAAGAAGAAGGCGAAGGCGAAGGCGAAGAACAAGAAGAAGAACGCGAAGGCGAAGGCGAUGAAGAAGAAGAAGAAGAAGAAGAAGAAGAAGAAGAAGAAGAAGAAGAAGAAGAAGACAACGACGACGACGACGACGACGAGGAUGACAACGAUGACGACGAUGACGACAACGACGACGAUGACGACGACGACGAAGAAGAAGAUGAAGAAGAAGAAGAAGAAGAAGAAGAAGAAGAAGAAGAAGAAGAAGAAGAAGAAGAAUGAGAAGAAGAAGAAGAAGAAGAAGAAGAAGAUGGCGAGAAGGCGAAGACGGCGAAGGCGAAGAAGG